AUGCAUUUCAACAACAUUGGACUCCUGGCCACGGCCUUCCUGGCCUCCACAGCUACAGCGCUCCCCCGCAUUCCGCACCAUGGCGCGGUAGCGGCUGCCGGUGGGACCUCGGGUCCAUCCCAAGAGGGCGGAAACCUUAUGCAGAGAUCCGAGGAGAAGACUGCGAGUCAAGACAACGCUGAUUUUCUGCUUGACACUGUGGGCGGACAACUUGGGCGGAGAUCGGAGCAGAAGACGGCUAGUAAAGACAACGCCGAUUUUUUGGUCAAUCUUGGGGACGAGACGGAUAGUGAUGAUGAGAGCGAUUACGGUUACACUGGUCCUCGCCAUCACGUCGUGUCUACUCGUGACAAUGGUAACAGUCUGAUGCAAAGAUCGGAGCAGAAGACAGCGAGUCAAGACAACGCCGAUUUUUUGGUCAAUUUUGGGGACGAGACAGACAGUGAGGAUGAGGGUGAUGGCCAGGAUUCGCGUGUCACACAUAGAUACCAUGGGAAACGAAGCCUUAAGCAGAGAUCAGAGGAAGGGACGGCUACCCUCAACAAUGAGGACCUUAUGUACAGUGCUACUGGCGAUGAGGGGUUUCCCAAUCUCCGCGCCCCCUGGAGAGGUGGCAAAACGGAGAGAUCAGAGGAGGAGACAGCGAGUCAAGACAACGCUGACUUUGGGGGGCCCGGUGGUGAAUAUGGUGGAUAUGGUGGAUAUGGCGAUAACAACGGGCAAGGCCGCAUCUAUUAG